AUGCCCGAGUUACAAUCAUACAAAGGCUACUACCUCUGGCAAUAUGUGCCCUCGAGGGCGGCCGCAGUUAUCUUUCUCUUGCUCUUUCUCGGGGCAACGGCGUUCCAUGUCUGGAAGAUAUGGAAAUUGAAGACCUGGUUUUGUAUCUGCUUUGCCAUUGGGGGGUUCUUCGAGUUUAUCGGUUACUGCGCCAGAGCCUCCGCCUAUGACAAGACAGGGAGGAUGAUGCCGUUUUGCAUUCAAAACACUUUUAUCCUGCUUGGUCCUGCUCUCUUUGCCGCGUCGGUCUAUAUGGUGCUGGGUCGAAUCAUCACUGCAGUCAGGGCGGAGCACCAUUCGUUGAUCCGAGUCAAUUGGCUCACCAAGAUCUUUGUCCUCGGCGAUGUCCUGUCCUUUGUGGUUCAAGGAGGAGCCGCCGGUAUGAUGGUCAGCAGUGAUCUGGCAAGCAUGGGCAAUAACAUUGUCAUCGCCGGCCUCCUCAUUCAAGUGAUCAUGUUUGGCCUUUUCAUCGUCACCGCGAUUUUGUUCCAGAUGCGCAUGCAGAAAUCUCCCACGACCGAGUCUUUCAACGCCGAACUACCCUGGAAAUCCCACCUCGGCACGCUCUACAUGGUCAGUCUGCUCAUCAUGGUCCGAUCGAUCUUCCGUGUGGUCGAGUUCAUCAUGGGCCAUGAUGGGUAUCUUUUGAGUCACGAAUGGACUCUUUACAUUUUCGAUGCGCUUCUGAUGUGGAUUGCUAUGGUUUUGUUCGGGUAUCGCUAUCCCGGUGACCUCCAGGCUUAUUUGCAUCAUCCGGAAGCUGUUAGACUAUGCGAUGUACAGACAAAGGCAUGA